GCUCCGGCCAUGGCCCAUGGCAGCGCGGCGGUCAUGCUGAAGUGCGUGGUGGUGGGGGACGGCGCCGUGGGCAAGACGUGCCUGCUGAUGAGCUACGCGAACGACGCCUUCCCCGAGGAGUACGUGCCCACCGUCUUCGACCACUACGCAGUCAGCGUUACCGUCGGGGGCAAGCAGUACCUGCUGGGGCUGUACGACACCGCCGGCCAGGAAGACUAUGAUCGUCUGAGACCUUUAUCUUAUCCUAUGACCGAUGUCUUCCUUAUCUGCUUCUCAGUGGUAAACCCUGCUUCAUUUCAAAAUGUGAAGGAAGAGUGGGUACCGGAGUUGAAGGAAUAUGCACCUAAUGUUCCCUUUUUACUAGUAGGAACACAGGUUGAUCUUCGUGAUGACCCAAAAACUCUGGCAAGACUGAAUGAUAUGAAAGAGAAGCCCAUCUCUGUGGAGCAAGGACAGAAGUUAGCAAAAGAGAUAGGAGCCUACUGCUAUGUGGAGUGUUCAGCUUUAACACAGAAAGGACUGAAGACCGUUUUUGAUGAAGCUAUUAUAGCCAUUCUAACUCCAAAGAAACACACGGUGAAGAAGAGAAUAGGCUCAAGAUGUAUAAACUGCUGUUUGAUCACGUGAGAUACAUUUGAC